GUUUUAGACCUCGACAACGAUGAUACGUUAAACGACAGUGCCAUGUUUACGAUAGUUCUUUUCGUUAUUCUACGUCUAGUCUAUACGAUCUAUGCUGCUAAUAAAGAAGUGACUAGGAUAGAUGAGAUGCUCACCAAAGAUAGGGAGUUCUACGAUCUUUGGCAGCAUCUAAUCACAGUACAAGCUGAUCAAUAUGCCGAACAAACAAUUGACUUUCCCCUUUCCUAUGCUUCAUUGAAUUCUUGCACGCGUGUACCACCUUCGGAUGGCGAAGAGGUUGCCGAUAGUCUUCGACCGUCUUCAGUAGAUAUCUAUGCGGAUUUGGGGCAUUUGUCAACAUUUUGCAAAUCUAACCUCUCGAUGUUGCAAGCAGGAGUCCUGGACUCUUGUAAACAUCGAGUGUCGGAUAUGGAAUUGCCUUCAUUUGACAAAAUGCUACGGGUAUUUAGUCCAAAUCUUACCGUUGUACAAAGCAACGAAAGAGAUGACAACUUGCUGGAUCAAGCGAAGGCCAUCGCAGAGUCAAUACAGCAAAUCGAGGGCUAUGAAAAUGCGUGGAAAUUUAUUUUAAUUGCAGCAACUAUACAAGAUGGUGACGCGUCAGAGACUGGCCAGACUGCAAUUGAGGUGCUCAGCGCUGUGGAGGAGUUCUACAGAUUACUUCCACUCCGAACGUUUAUUGCCGUUGUGAGGAGCUCUGGCAAUGGAAUGUGGGCAGAUGCAAAUCAUUCUCACAAGGCUUGUCGCGAGCUGUUGGAAAGGUGGAAGUCUUAUGCACGAUACAACUCCAAUUCUGUUUGGGAUCAGGUAGAAAUUAUCGUGCAGAAAAAUUUCAGAAGAACGAACUUCACUGUUGAGAUUCUUCCACUACUACGCGAGUCUGCUUUGACCAACCUUCCAGAACAGAUGGACCUCAGCGUAUUUGGAUACGAUUGUGCUCACUUCUCUGAAAGAGGGUUGUCACUCUUGCAUAUGGCAGUUUGGAAUUCAAUGUUCACCAGGAGUGGCGACAGAAUACGAAAUUAUCGACCUUCACCUCCGCUAAUGAUGUGCCCAGAUUUCCGCUGCCCUUACUUUCGUACUGUCAGCAACAGUGGUUACUGUAUAUACAGUGGUGCAAUGGGUGAGGAACCGUCUAUGUAUCCCAAGCUAUUCACUGUAUUAGCUUUGCUAUUUUGCCUUGUACUUACUGCUGUGGUGUUAUUCUUUAUCUGUCGAAAACCGCGACGAACAGACGACAUCAAAAAGCCGAUGAAAGCUUUUGGCGCAAGCUUCAGUUCGAUUAGAUUUAUCGAUGAGGAUUCGAUUACGUGAUUAUUGAACUUUUAGACGAUCAGAAAGUCUCGAUUUUGUUGCUAGUGGUAGCACCAAUGCAUUAGUAAGUGAAUAUCCCGGUUUCAAUCGUUUGAAAGCUUAUAUGAUUGUUCAGAAUGUAUAUGUAAAAUGCUUGUUUCUUUAUGAUGUUGUAAUUGUUUGCGUUUUAUAUGUCUGAGCAGACGCCCAUCUUCAACAAGCCAAAUUUUAUCGCAUGAAACGAUAAACAUAAAGCAGAAGAUGUCGUCGCCAGCUCGCAAUUUGUCGCAUACUUUCAAUUACGGGGUAUUUGUAAUAUCUACCAUUGCUUUUUGCUUCGAAGUUUUCACUGCCUCCGUUGUAUACAUUUCUUUU